UUCCGGAGUAAGAUGGCUGCAGCGUGUGUGCUGAGGACCUGGAGCCGGACUGCCGGGCGUCUGAGUUGUGUCCGCUACUUUCAAACAUGUGGUAAUACUCAUGUUUUGAAACCAAACUAUGUGUCUUUCUUUGGUUAUCCUUCAUUCAAGUAUAAUCAUCCACAUCAGCUGCUGAAAACAACUGCUGCUCUACAGGGACAGAUUGUUCAGUUCAAACUCUCAGACAUUGGUGAAGGAAUUAGAGAAGUAACUGUUAAAGAAUGGUAUGUAAAAGAAGGAGAUACAGUGUCUCAGUUUGAUAGCAUCUGUGAAGUUCAAAGUGAUAAAGCUUCUGUUACUAUCACUAGUCGUUACGAUGGAGUCAUUAAAAAACUAUAUUAUAAUCUAGACGAUAUUGCCUACGUGGGAAAGCCAUUAGUAGACAUAGAAACGGAAGCUUUAAAAGAUUCAGAAGAAGAUGUUGUUGAAACUCCUGCUGUGUCCCAUGAUGAACACACACACCAAGAGAUAAAGGGCCAAAAAACACUGGCAACUCCUGCAGUUCGUCGCCUUGCAAUGGAAAACAAUAUUAAGCUGAGUGAAGUUGUUGGCUCUGGAAAAGAUGGCAGAAUACUUAAAGAAGAUAUUCUCAGCUAUCUGGAAAAGCAAACAGGAGCUAUACUACCUCCUUCACCAAAAGCUGAAAUUAUGCCACCUCCACCAAAACCAAAAGAGAGAACUAUUCCUAUACCAAUAUCAAAACCUCCAGUAUUCACAGGCAAAGACAGAACAGAACCCAUAAAAGGCUUUCACAAAGCAAUGGUCAAGACCAUGUCUGCAGCCCUGAAGAUACCUCAUUUUGGGUAUUGUGAUGAUGUUGACCUUACUGAACUGGUUAAGCUACGAGAAGAAUUAAAACCCAUUGCUUUUGCUCGUGGAAUUAAACUCUCCUUCAUGCCCUUCUUCUUAAAGGCUGCUUCCUUGGGAUUACUACAGUUUCCUAUCCUUAAUGCUUCUGUGGAUGAAAACUGCCAGAACAUAACAUAUAAGGCUUCUCAUAACAUUGGGAUAGCAAUGGAUACAGAGCAGGGCUUGAUUGUACCUAAUGUGAAAAAUAUUCAGGUCCGCUCCAUAUUUGAGAUCGCCACUGAAUUGAACCGCCUCCAGAAAUUGGGCUCUGCAGGUCAGCUCAGCACCACUGACCUUACAGGAGGAACAUUUACUCUUUCCAACAUUGGAUCAAUUGGUGGUACCUACGCCAGACCAGUGAUAUUGCCACCCGAAGUGGCAAUUGGGGCCCUGGGAAAAAUUAAGGCCCUUCCCCGAUUUAACGAGAAAGGGGAAGUAUAUAAGGCCCAGAUAAUGAAUGUGAGCUGGUCAGCUGAUCACAGAAUUAUUGAUGGUGCUACAAUGUCACACUUCUCCAAUUUGUGGAAAUCCUACUUAGAAAACCCAGCUUUUAUGCUACUAGAUCUGAAAUGAAGAUUGAUAAGACAUCCUUGAACUUUCUGAGCUUCAAAAGAAAAUGCAGAGCCCAGCUGUGCAGCACACGUUCCUCAUUGCAGUUUGUAUUGUAAAUGAUUUGUAAUGUAUGAUUACAGUUCUGAGACACAAUAUGUAUCACUAUUCUGUUAGACAUUUUACUGGAAAGGAAUAAUGGUAUAAUAGUUCUCCUGGGCUGUCACAUUUUAUAGGUCAUAGUACGCCUUCUUAAUAUAGUGCUGAGGUCUUUGUGUCAAUGGAUUGAAACUGGCAGGAACAACAAAAUGAAUAUUACUGAAAGACAGACCGCCAUAUACAGUAUUUGCCCUAUUUUUUUCUUUCUUUUUUUAUUUUAAACUAACUUUUUUUUAAUAAACUUUUAAAAUUUUAUUUUAUUUAUUACUUUUGGCUGCAUCGGGUCUUAGUUGCGGCAUGUGGGAUACUCGUUGAGGCAUGCGGGAUCUUUUGUUGCGGCACGGGAUCUUCAUUGUGGCAUGCGGGCUUCUCUCUAGUUGUGGCG